AUGAGAUCUACUACAGCCGGACUCUUCCUUGCGCUAUCUGUCCCUGCCGUAAUGGCCACUACCCAUACGAUGUGCUAUAACUACUUCCUGAAGAAAGACGGAUGUGUUUUCUCUGCCGCAGCGUCUGACCAAAGAUGUCCUGCUCCACCUAAAGAGCACACUUCGCCAGUCCAAGCGUUUGAUAUGCCUUCCCAGUCCAACUUGGCCAAGCGCAGCGAGAACCGCCGUUUGGAGCGCCGAUAUGACACCACCAGACCAAGCUUUGCGGUCGCGGGUGGGGAAGGUAUCUGUGGCUUUUACAACUCCACCACUGAUCUUGGCGUGUGCCUCUGGAGCGGGCCAGAGCAAAAUAACCCGACCGUGGAAACAGCUGGAUGGCUUAACGGGUUGAAAACCUCCAACUGCGGGAAGAGAGUGUAUAUUCAAAGGAAAGGGCAGCCCGAAACAGUCCAGUUUGUGAAAGUUCUCGAUGGCUGCAGCUUCGGCACCAAAGAACUCGAUCCGGGAUGCUUCGACAUUGCUCUUACUAUCGAGCUCUUCAACCGAUUCAAGCCCACCCCUCAAGAACAGAAAGAUGGUCUCAUCUACGGAGGAUUGACUUGGGACUUUGAUAACCUUGAAAACACCCAUACCCAGCAGGCCCCGGUCUGA